AUGUUGAACGAGUGGCGUGGUCCAACCAUAUCAGUUCGUGCAUUAACCAACUACGAAAUUUCUGAUGAGCUCUGUCGUCGGCAACUUCAGGUGCUGGAACGUCGAUAUGGUGGCCGUCUGCGCGCUCAUACAGCUGCUACACGAAUACAGCGAGCAUUUCGUCAGUCGUGUUUGUUGAAACAAUGGAAGCAUUUGGUAUUACCAAUCCAAAAUAGUGCAGUGUGUCCCAAAAGUGAUGGCACUCAAGGAUGUAAUGAUCUUUCAAAGCGUGAUACAUCUUUGACAGAUACACCUAAUGCUCAAGCAUGUCUUUAUCGACCUUCCGUUGCACUAAUUAGGCCGAGGAAUUCCUCGCCACACAUUACGAAAUCGAUUCCUGAACGAGGCUGUAAAAUACCACUUGCAGUUGGAGAAAAUAUUGGAAACGCCAGAUUUGGCAGUAAUGUAUCUCAUCGUUCUGCUGUAGAAUGCUUGUCACCUCGACUUUCUCAAAGAAGGAUUGUGACAGAUAUGGUGCACCCAACAACACAUGUUUGGCUUCCUCGUUCAUCAGCAGUUACGGGUCGUAGCAGUCAUUCAAAUUCGCUUCCUCGUCUCGAUAAGCAUGCAAUACCAUGUCAGGCCGUCAGCACUUCAUCGAAUACCCAUGGAGUGGCAGACCAGCGAAGAAGACGACAAUAUAGAAUAGCGCUUAAUUUCUUUAAUAAGAAACCUACACGUGGUGUGCAAUAUCUCAUUGAUUGGGGUUUUGUUGAAGAUAAUUCCCUCGCAGUUGCUAAUUUAUUAUUACAUCGUCGUGGUUUAAGUAAACAAAUGAUUGGUGAAUACAUUGGACACUUGCGCAACCCUUUUCAGUCCUCUGUUCUCAGUCAUUUCGUUAACCAGAUUGAUUUACAUGGGAUGGAAGUGGACAUUGCCCUCAGACACACGCUUUCGUUUUUUCGCCUUCCAGGAGAAGCGCAGAAAAUCGAGAGAAUUAUGCAGGUCUUUUCUGCUCACUACACCAUCUGCAAUCCCGAUAAGGUUGCACUUUUUCACAGUGCGGACACAAUAUUCAUCUUAGCGUUCGCUAUUGUUAUGCUUAAUACAGAUCUUCAUUCACCUAAUAUCAAGCCGUCAUUGAAAAUGAAAGCGGAAGAUUUCAUUAAUAAUUUACGUGGAAUCGAUGCAGGAUACAACAUUGAUAGGGCACUGUUGGUUCGUAUUUAUCGCCGGAUUCGUGAUUCACCUUUUAGUACUGGAUCAGAUCACGUAUCUCAGGUUAUUGUGGUCGAUCAAAGUAUGGUUGGUAAGGAUAAGCCAAAUUUGGUAGAACCACAUCGUCGCCUUGUGUGUUAUUGUCGUUUGAACCAGAUUAUUGAUCGUAGUAAGCGACAACCAGCCAAUGCUCAUCAACGAGAAGUUUUUUUAUUCAACGAUCUUUUGCUGAUUGCAAAAAUGGCUUCAAAGAAGAAAUCAUGUUGUCAGUAUGUAUUGCGCACGUGGAUGAUGCUCUUGGGAGUACGUGUUAGCAUGUUCGAGACUCCUUUUUAUGAUUAUGGCAUUAUGAUCACACUAUCUGAUGGACAAGAAAUUUAUUUGAAUUCGAAAAAUAAUGACGACAGGCAUCGGUUCGUGGCAGAUAUAAAGGAGUCAGUAGCCGAAUGUGCUGAAAUGGAAGCGGUAAGAAUUGAUGCUGAAUUGGACAAGCAUUCUUUGAUUAGUCGUAGCGAAGGACCACGUGAGCGAGAUUCGGGUUUAUCUGAGAUGGAAGGCAAUACUUCGAGUAGUGUUGUUAAUACAUCACCUAACACGCCUCAGCAAGCUUUAAAUUUAUGCUCCAUACGUCGUCUUAGUUUUAAUUCAUUCGAUAGUGGAGUUAUUGAGGAAAAUUGUGAGUCGUUUCACCAUUCAGGUCUGUCAUCUGUGUCACCUUUCUACUCUUCAAAACGUUUGGAAGCUGCUAUAUGA